GCUGACCAGCUGACCGAAGAACAGAUUGCAGAGUUCAAGGAAGCCUUCUCCCUCUUCGACAAGGAUGGAGAUGGCACCAUCACCACCAAGGAGCUGGGCACUGUGAUGAGAUCGCUGGGGCAGAACCCUACUGAGGCUGAGCUGCAGGACAUGAUCAAUGAAGUGGAUGCUGAUGGGAAUGGGACCAUUGACUUCCCAGAGUUCCUGACCAUGAUGGCCAGAAAGAUGAAGGAUACAGACAGUGAGGAGGAGAUCCGAGAGGCCUUCCGUGUGUUUGACAAGGAUGGGAAUGGCUAUAUCAGUGCCGCCGAGCUGCGCCACGUCAUGACGAACCUGGGGGAGAAGCUGACGGAUGAGGAGGUGGAUGAGAUGAUCCGGGAGGCUGACAUUGACGGCGAUGGCCAGGUCAAUUAUGAAGAGUUUGUACAGAUGAUGACCGCGAAGUGAAGGCCCGGGCAGCUGGCCAUGCCCGUUCUCCUGGUCUCUUCUCUCGCUCUCCUCUCUUCAACACUCCCCUGCGUACCCGGUUCUAGCAAACACCAACUGAUUGACUGAGAAUUUGAUAAAGCAACAAAAGAUUUGUCCCAA